GAGUGAGUCGCCAUGUUUAAGGAUACACAGUACAAGGUUUUCAAGUUAAUAGUGUUCUAAUUAUUAUUUUAAACAUCGCCUUCUUCUAUCAGAAAUAGUUCAACGCACAUUUGAUUUUAAGAAUUAUAGAUCCUGUUUAGUUUUCCAAUAUUUGUUCUGAUAUCGAUCGGAGAUUGAAUGUUUAUGUGUUCGGAAAACUGAUUGACUUUCCCUUUGUCUCUGUAUCGAAGAAGACACCGAUCAACGUUUAUUGACAUUUUUUUCAGCUAUUCACCUGAGUGAAGAUAAUCAGAACCUCAGGGAGAACUUUUGUGUAGUCGACCUUCAAAGGAUUGCAUCAAGGGCGAUCACCCCAGCUUGUUUAUAGACACAACAGAGUUCGUCGUGGUAUACUGCCUAGUAUAAAAGACAACGAAGUUCAUCAGUCAACUAGCUAACACAGCGGGACUAAGUUGUCUUAUAUUGUUCCACUCGAUCGCAAAAGUUCUUCUUAGUGUCAGUUGACUGGCUUUACACACAGCUCUGUACCUUGUACUGGCUUUUAUCAUGGCCAAUUUGACAGAGAAUCAGCCGCCGUUGGAGGCGAACAACAUAUCAGCUGUCAGCGCUUCGGAACUUAAUAACCCCAUCGACGACACUACGAAAACGGAAGAAAUGGGCGGACUGCGCAACCGAUUAAUGUGCCGAUUUGUCAGUUCGACAUGUUUCCAGAUGAACCGACGCAAGACCCUGGGCGAGGAUCUCAUGGAAACUCCUCUGCGACGAUGUCUCUCCACUCUCGACAUCACAAUGCUCGGAAUUGGGCAUAUGGUGGGUGCCGGUAUUUACGUCUUGACCGGAACCGUAGCUCACAAUAUGGCAGGUCCUGCCAUCGUUUUGAGUUUCCUGAUCGCUGGAUUAGCAUCCGUUCUGGCGGCAUUAUGUUACGCAGAGUUCGGAAGUCGAGUACCAAAGGCCGGAUCCGCUUACGUCUACACUUACGUAACUAUAGGAGAAUUCUGGGCUUUCGUCAUCGGCUGGAAUAUACUUCUCGAACACAUGAUAGGUGCGGCGUCAGUAGCCAGAGCUUGGAGCGGUUACGUCGAUGCUUUGACUGGCGGAGUUAUAGCAAACGCUACAGCCGGAACUUUUGGUGAAAUGCACAGUGGGAUGCUGGCCAAGACUCCCGAUUUCUUGGCCUUUGCCGUUUGCCUGGCCUAUUGUGGUCUCUCCACAUUGGGCGUUAAAGGAUCAUCCUACUUUAACAGUUUCUUCACCAUGGUGAAUAUCGGCGUGAUUGUCUUUGUGAGUGGAUUCGGAUUCUACUGGGCCGAUUACCGCAACUGGACCGACUACGGAGGAUUCGCACCGUUUGGCUUCUCCGGAAUCUUGAGCGGAGCGGCCACUUGUUUCUACGCUUACGUCGGCUUCGACAGUAUCGCCACAUCGGGAGAAGAGGCCCGUGAUCCAACUUUCUCCAUCCCGGUGGCAACUUUCGUUUCGAUGAGCGUCGUUUCCCUGGGUUACAUUUGCGUUUCGGCCGCUCUCACCCUAAUGGUGCCCUAUACCCUCAUCAACCCGACGGCGGCGUUGCCGGACGCUUUCGCCUCUCACGGCAUCACCUGGGCGCGGAUCGUCAUCAGCGUCGGGGCAUUGGCCGGAAUGACGACUUCACUAUUUGGCUCGCUCUUUUCUCUUCCACGCGGAGUGUACGCCAUGGCACAAGACGGUCUUCUCUUUAAAGUCUUCGCUCGAGUCAACGAGAAGACCCAGGUCCCGUUGAUAACCAUCGGCGUCUGCGGACUCUUUAGCGCUUUUGUAGCUCUCUUUUUCGAUAUUGAAAAACUGGUCGAAUUCAUGUCCAUUGGCACUUUGAUGGCCUACACCAUCGUCUCGGCAGCUGUCAUCAUCCUCCGCUAUCGUCCAAUUGUCGGUAGAUCCGACGUGCUUCCCUUAACAGAAUCCCCCGUGUCACCUGGAAGCGCCAAGGAAUUUGUUAACAUGCUGAAUGAAGCCGGGCGAUUGAAACCGAAAUUCUAUUGGAUCGAGCGGCUCGUGGGCAGGUAUGAACCAGGUGUUCUUCCAGCUUCUUGCGUCUUUAUUUUCACCGUCGCCUGCGCGUGUAUUUUCUCCAUUCUCCAAUGGGGAGGAAAUGCCGUCUACCAUCCUAAUGGUCCGGAAUGGUGGCUCAUCGUGUUACUAACUUUCCUCGUUGCAGUUUCUCUCAUUACUAUAGCUCUUAUUGCUGUUCACAAUCAAUCGACCGAAGGAUUGAGAUUCAAAGUCCCUUGGGUUCCCACCAUCCCAGCACUUUCUAUCGUUGCUAAUGUCGCACUUAUGGUCAAUUUGAAUCCAAUGACGUGGGUCCGAUUUGGCAUCUGGAUGUCUAUAGGUUUUGUUAUUUACUUUGCAUAUGGAAUGAGACACAGUAAAGAAAACGCUACAGUAACCUCUUACUCUGGUUUACUGAAAUCGAAUUCCCGCACAGGAGAGUGGGGUUCUACUCUGACGGCCAAAGAUCUCGAUCCCGAUACACCGUCGUCUCAGACAGAAAAUUAAAAAAACAGGCAAUUAUUUUUAAAAAGCUACUGUUUCUAUGUCACGUUUAAAUUUUAGAUGUAUUUAAAAAAAGGAAAAAGAAGUUUGAUUUUAACUAUUCAGAGCCACCGUUUUCAAAUGUAUUACAGGCCAUAUUUAAAAAAUAAAGAAAGAGAGAAUGGCCGAAAUACACAUUUAUCUGCAACAGCAA